UAGCAUAGUAGUAUUGCUUCUAAAGUUCUGCGGGUCUAUGGAGUUUAAUGUUCAGCUGUUGAAGCUUCGAGAUAUUUUUCCUUGUGGUAAAUAAUUUGUCCUUCAUUUUCUAGCUAGUAAAUUUAUAAUAUCAAGUUGUAUUAUUAUAUAACCGCAUUAUCAGACACCUUGAGAGAAUUUUGAUCAAAGCAUGCCGAUGUGGAUUCUUGAAUUUGAAGGAAAGCAAUUUUAGACAGCAGUGGGCUCACUAAAUUGCUUAGUCUUGACUACCUUAGGAAAUGUUCUUCAACUACAGCACCCUCCUAUUUUACGCCAUCCCGAUAUAAGUAUGUACGGGCAGGGAUAUACUAUUUGGCCAUAGUUGUUAUGAUGUUUGAGCUAGGUAGAUACAGAAGUAGAAUUCUAAGAGAUGCGCUGUGGAAGUGCUUGCUUUUGCUGAUGUGUGUGCUAGUGAGGAGUAGUCCUCCGGAAAAUCCUAUAAGAUGUACAACGUUCAACAGCUCGACAAAAUGCACCAUUACCAACUCGUAUGGUGCUUUCCCUGAUCGUAGUACUUGUCGUGCAGCUGAUGCUGUUUACCCGACAACGGAGGAAGAACUUGUUUCUGUGGUGGCCAUGGCAACGAAGAAUGGGAGAAAGAUGAAGGUGGCGACUCGGUUUGGCCACAGUAUUCCGAAAUUGGUCUGUGCUGAUGGGGACCAAGGGCUGCUCAUAAGCACCGAGUAUCUCAACCGUACCUUGCAUAUCAAUGAAUCGAGUGGGAUGAUGAGAGUUGAGACCGGUGUAACGUUGAAGCAGCUGAUUGAAGAUGCAGCCAAGGCAGGGCUGGCACUUCCAUAUGCACCAUAUUGGUGGGGAUUGACCGUCGGGGGGCUUAUGGGCACGGGUGCCCAUGGUAGCAGCCUUUGGGGCAAGGGGAGUUCUGUUCAUGACUAUGUUGUUCAGCUACGCAUCGUUACUCCAGCUGAACACGCGGAUGGCUAUGCAAGGGUUCGGAAUCUUGAUGAUUAUAAUCAACUUGAGUUCAAUGCCGCUAAGGUCUCCCUUGGAGUUCUUGGAGUUAUUUCAGAGGUUACUCUGAAACUAGAACCGCUAUUCAAACGAUCUGUCACCUACAUAGAGAAAAGUGAUUCUGAUUUAGCAGAACAAGUUAUCGAGUUCGGGAAGCAGCACGAAUUUGCAGACUUGAUAUGGUACCCAAGUCAACGUAAGGCCAUGUAUAGAAUGGAUGAUCGAGUCCCCUAUAACACCUCCGGUAAUGCCUGGAUCGACUUCCCGGGAUUUCAAUCCACCCCUUCAGUCGCACUCGCCAUUUUACGGCUAACAGAGGAAGCUGAAGAAUCUAAAGCUGAUGCUGAUUCAAAAUGCAGGAGGGCCAAGCUUAUUACAUCUGCGCUCAGGCUUAGUGGCUACGGGUUUACAAAUAAUGGUAUAAUCUUUACAGGAUACCCGGUAAUUGGAUACCACAACCGCCUCCAAGCAUCAGGAGCUUGCCUCACUGGCCCUGAAAAUGCACUGAUCACCGCGUGUCCAUGGGACCAUAGAAUCAAAGCCCUGUUCUAUCAUCAAACGACCUUCAGCAUUGGUUUAUCCAAGGUCCCUGAUUUUAUACGAGACGUCCAGAAGCUGGUCCAUUUAGCCCCAAAGUCCCUGUGUGGCGUCGACCUGUACGAUGGUAUCCUAAUGAGAUACGUAACAAGGUCCAAUGCUUUUUUAGGCAAACAAGAAGAUGCAGUCGACUUCGACAUCACUUACUACAGAAGCAAAGACCCCCUGAGGCCUCGACUUUUCCAAGACAUACUGGAAGAGAUAGAGCAGCUCGGGAUGUUCAAGUACGGAGCGUUGCCACACUGGGGAAAAAACAGGAAUGUGGCAUUUCACAAGGCCAUCAACAAGUACAAAAAGGCAGCAGAAUUCAUAAAGGUUAAGAGAAUGUAUGAUCCUCAGGGACUUUUUUCUAGUGAGUGGACUGACCAAGUUUUGGGGUUAAAAGAUGGACUAAUGAUAGUUAAACAAGGAUGUGGCCUGGAAGGCUUGUGCAUUUGUUCAGAAGACAGUCAUUGUGCACCAGAUAAAGGAUACUUGUGUCAACAAGGCAAAGUCUACCCAGAUGCCAAGGUUUGUGCAUUAGCAUCUACAUCUAGUUAACACUAGUAUUUUCUUACUCCCUCUGUCCCAUUUAAUUGUAUACGUUUCUUUUUAACUGCUCGACACGCAUUUCAAUGCUCUUGUAAAACAUAGUUCCGUAACUUAUUUUUGAGAUUUUCUUUUUUUGAAUAAAAAUAUAACAUCUAAACUUUAAUUCAGAAAAAUAAAAUUUUAAAAAUAAAUUAUACAACUACACUUUAGAGGAGCAUUAAAGUCCGUGCCGCGUCCCCAUCCCCCAAUGUAUACUACUCAGGGGGACGGAGGGAGUACAAGUUUAAACGAUGUGGCCAUUAUUCACCCUAAACCAGCUUUUUCAUUGUAAUUUAAAAUCAAAGUUAUAAAAAUCGGAAAUCAUUUCGAUUGUAUCGUUUAGAUCAAAUAUUUGACCCAAUUUUUAAGUACUUAUUUUCAAUA